AAGUGACAACCGGAAGUGUAUAUAUUUUUGGGGGGGCUGUAGAAAGAGCCAGCAGUUAAACGUGUGUUGUCACUGUCGGAAAACACCGGGAUACAAACAAACCCAACACUCCGUUAACAGCUGGGCUCAAUCCGGGAGAAAAGGUGGAGAAGCGACGCCGGUACGUGCAGCUCGGCCCCCGGCUGCCCGGCGAGAUGGACGUCCGACGUGGGGUGUAGACUUCUGCGGCGGGACUGAAGACGAUGGGCCCAGUGUCCCCGUGCUUCAGGAGAUGUCUCUGGGUCGGCUCCUGCGACGCGCCUCCUCCAAGGCCUCCGACUUCCUGACCUUUAACCCCGGGGCGGGGGGCUCGUCGCUGCGCUCGGGCUUGGACGGCGAGAUCAUCUUCUCCAAAAAUAAUAUUUGCGUGCACCCUGCGGAGCCGCUGCCUGGCCUGGCAGAGCAUCACCCAGGCUACCUGUGCGUCCACACGGAGAAGGACGAGAGCCUCGGCACCACUCUGAUUCUGACCUGGGUGCCCAACUGCCGCAUCCAGAAGCAGGACGAGGAGGCGUUGCGCUACAUCACACCAGAGAGCUCCCCUGUGCGCAGGAAUUCACGGCGGCGAGGCCGACGACCCCACUCCCGGCACCCAGCAGCUCAGGAGGAGGAUGAGGACGAGGAGAGGAACAUCAUCAGCAGCACCUCUGCAGAGAGCCACAGCCUGGCGGUGGAGGCAGGAGCGGAUCCCUCCUCAAACCACCAGCAGCAGCUGCUGCCCUCGGCAGGGGAGGAGGGCGACGAGGGCUCCUGCGAGCUGUCGGACGAAGUGAGUCGGGACAGCACCAUGGGAUCGGACUCGGACACGUUCUCCUCCCCGUUUUGCCUGUCCCCUGUCAGCGAGGCCCUCUGUGAAAGCAGCGGCUCCGUCUUCCUGGACAGCGACAGCAGAGAGCUGUGCGAGGAGUCAAUGACCCACUCCGCGAGCUCCGCCUCCAGCCUGGAUAGCCACGCCCCCUCCGAGAGCGGCGGCCAGUUCCAUGGCGUGCGGUGGGAGGAGCAGAAGGUGCUGGUUCUGGAGCAGUUGUGCGGCGUUUUCAGGGUGGACCUGGGUCACAUGCGGUCACUGAGACUCUUCUUCUGCGAUGAGGCGUGUACCAGUGGCCAGCUGGUGAUUGCCAGCCGAGAGAGCCAAUACAAGAUUCUCCACUUCCAUCAUGCCGGCCUCGAUAAGCUGGCUGACGUCUUCCAACAGUGGAAAUGCUGCAGGGAGACUCAGCUUAAAGACCAGGUAUCCGAUGAGAAAUCCUGCAUGCAGUUUUCCAUCCAGAGGUCCACCCUGCCGUCCGCUGAGACUCACCCAGAGGAGAAGCUUUAUCGGCGGCUUGAUGUCACCACCUGGCUACGUCACCUCAACCACAACGGGCAGGUGGAGGAGGAGUAUAAGCUACGCAAGGCCAUCUUCUUCGGCGGUAUCGACCCAUCCAUCCGCGGCGAGGUGUGGCCCUUCCUGCUGCACUAUUACAGCUCUGACUCCACCUCUCAGCAGAGGGAGGCCUGGAGACUGCAAAAGCGCUCCCUGUAUCAUGACAUCCAGCAGAGGAGAUUGUCCAUGAGCCCAGAGGAGCACAGCGAGUUCUGGAGAAAGGUCCAGUUCACCGUGGAUAAAGACGUGGUGAGAACCGACCGCAGCAACAACUUCUUCAGAGGAGAGAACAACCCAAAUGUGGAGAUCAUGAGGCGGAUUCUGCUCAACUACGCAGUGUUUAAUCCAGACAUGGGUUACUGCCAGGGCAUGUCUGACCUGGUGGCCCCCCUGCUCACUGAGAUCCAGGACGAAAGCGACACCUUUUGGUGCUUCGUCGGCCUCAUGGAGAACACCAUCUUCAUCAGCUCCCCGCGUGAUGAAGACAUGGAGAGGCAGCUGAUGUACCUGCGUGAGCUGCUGCGCCUCAUGCUGCCUCGCUUCCACCAGCACCUGACCCGGCUGGGGGAGGACGGCCUCCAGCUGCUCUUCUGCCAUCGCUGGAUCCUGCUCUGCUUCAAGCGAGAGUUCCCCGACACCGAGGCCCUGCGCAUGUGGGAGGCCUGCUGGGCACACUAUCAGACGGACUACUUCCACCUGUUCCUGUGCGUGUCCAUCAUUGUGCUCUAUGGGCAGGAUGUGACGGAGCAGCAGCUCGCCACGGACCAAAUGUUGCUCCACUUCAGCAACCUCUCCAUGCACAUGAAUGGAGAGCUGGUGCUCCGCAAGGCCCGCAGCCUUCUCUACCAGUUCCGCCUGCUACCCAGAAUCCCCUGCAGCCUCCAUGACCUUUGUAAACUGUGUGGCCCGGGGAUGUGGGACAGCCGCUACAUCCCCACUGUGGAGUGUUCUGGUGAACACCAGGACUCGCAGAGCUGCCCCUAUGGAGGCACCUCCACCUCCCAGCCCUCCUCUCCCCCCCUGUCGUCCUCACCAAACUCCACCCCCACGCCUCCACCAGAGGGCAAGAAAGGCUCCAAAACCCGGGAUAUUUUCACCUUCCGGAAACAGUCCUGAGGAGGAGGCUAUGGGAAGCUCUGCCGGUCUCGGCUCACAUUGGCAACGGUUUUGAAUCCAUCUCCUGGAUUCCUGAACGACUUGCCGACCUCUGACUCCUCUCCCCAAAGUCCCUGCAUCUCACUGAGGAAGUUUGUCCCUUGGUCCUUUUUCGUGAGGUGCGAUGAGGAACACUGCCUGACCAGAGUGGUAUCUGCAACGUACAGCGUCACGUGAACGAGGAGGACGCUGCCGGACGGGUCAGAAGUCAGGAAAACCGCGUUCCUCUCGGGGCAGAAUGGACAAUCACCCGGCGCUGUGUCGGUCUGGAGCUACUUCAGGUUCAGUCUGCCGCUGGCUUGGCCGACUUCCAGGGGCUUUGUGGGCAGGGGUCACAUCAGGGUCUGAGGCAACCGGCGACCACGAAGUCGUGCAGACUCUGACCGAGGGUCAAAUGAAACUGGAGAUUCAUUCACAGGACUUGAACGAGAACUUUUGGAAAAUGUUUCCGUGUUCUUACAAUGGAAUAUCUGUGUGACUAUCAAAUGACAUGUGCAUAUCUCAUGUCUGAGCGGGACAUUUUAAAGAUGAAAUCAAAACCUUCCGCGUUAACAAAGAAGGGUUCAUCUCCAAAGAGGAUUAUAAUAACAAGUUACUGGUACUUCUAAGUUUGGUUUCAUUUCAUUUUCAAACAAAUGAAUGUUUGCAGUUACAAAUAUUUAGCAAUACUAUCCUUGCAUGAAAGAUUCUUGACAUAUAGAGGGAACAACUUGUUUGUUGGAAAACACUAAAGCCAAAAACAGAAGUAAGAAUGUGUGUACACAACCAACGCAUCAUGAUGGGGCUCUGCUUAUUUCCUCAUCAGAUUGUGGAAAGCGACAUUUUCGUUUUAUCAUGGAUUCCCGACAGGCGGGAGGAAGCCAGGCAUAUGUUUCCCUCCGAUAAAAGUCAGGCGUAAACGUUAAUUGUACCUGUCGAGCAAUAGGGAGCUUAACCAUUUACACAUCACCAUCGUGUGAAGCAUUGGAUUGAUACGACAGCGCUGUCUGCCAAAGAAAACAUAACUCGUGUUUUUAUCCCGAUAGAAAAAUGGACAGCCUGGUGUUUUACUUGAAGUGUUGUCUUUUGUGUUGAAUCAUGUUCACACAGGGUUGUGAAAAAUAGUCAGCACAGUGUUUUUUUUCUUCUUUUUCGCCCUCUGGUGUUCUCUCCACUUUCACCUUAAAAUGGCAACGCACUAUCAACACUGAAUAUCAGUCCAACUGAAUGUAUUUUUAUUUGACUUUGUUUGCUUAUUUUCACUCCUGUGUGUGUGUGAGAGAGAAAACUGGAGUGACCUCUCAACAUCUGGUAAUGAGUUGGAGAACAGCCUUAGAGGGCCUCCCUCCCUGACCAGUCUCUUUAAUUAUAGCAGUCAUCAUGGGGAGAAAAAGAGAAGGAAAGUAAAGCUGGCUCUUGAGAGAGAGAAAAAUAAAUAGAGGAGAGAUGGAGAGAAAGUGUGAUUUAAGCUUUGCACGGGGAUCUAUAGUGAUCUACAUCUUUGCCCUUCGGGAUUUACAAGUCCCAGAGCCAGACAUGGUCUCUGCUCUGAGGCUUUUCCCUGAGAGCCUUUGAGUGACACUCCUGGGGCUGAAAACAUCUUCAAAUUGCUGCUAAAAUGUAACAUUAAGACCUUCAAUCAGCCCCCCUCCCCCCCCACACACACACACGCUUGCUCGCUUUCUCUCUCUCGCUAUGGCUCUAGUGGUCUCUCGCCCUCUCACUCAGCAAGCAGUCUCUGCAAAUGACAUUCAUAACUGCUCCUUUUGCCUAUUAGUCAUGUGCUUGCUGCAAAAGCCUGCAGUGUGCGCGUGUGUGUGUGCGUGUGUGUGUGAUCACAUUGUCUACACAGGCACCGGGAGUCACAAGCCUAAUCAAUGACCACUCCUUUGACCAGUCAUCACUGAAUGUACAAUGUUGCUAUUGAUCUCUAUGCUAUGUGGAUGAAUCACUGUACACACCUCAGAGAAAAAGAGACGAUUCUUAUUCUUGGUAUUAAUAAAAACAAAGACGUACUCUUGAAAAUGAUUUACUAAACACCAAAACGUGGCGAGCAGUUUAUAAAUGCCUUCCUGAAAAUGAAUGACUUGUGAUUGUGAUCUGCUAGUUGAACAAUGCUGGAUUUACAGAACCACCAGGAAUAUUUUUCAUCAUUAAACACUGUUAAAGUUAUAGCAUAAA